GUCACUGUCAAAUUUUACAUUUACAAAUAUAUCACUUACAUUUAUGUUUAGAUUGAUUUAAGCAAAAUUAAAAAGUUAUGCAUCAAGUUAAAUGGACUAGAUGAUUUUUAGUAACAAACGCUUAUAAAUUUCUUUGGCAAGAUAAAGUAGGUAAAUAAAGAUCAUAUAUUUGGCCAGAAAAUUUCGUCCAUCCUCUUUGCUUAUAUAGUUAUUUGGGCUAUUUUAUAUUCUAUAAUCGUUGGAAUCCUUUUAUACAUUUAUGAGUUGUUGGCACGAAAUGUUGACAGUUUUACUUGAAAGAAACGAAACAAAGAAAAAUUAUUAAUAAAGUAUAUUGGUUUAACACAGCAACAACAAUAAUAAUUGUAGAAAUAUAUGCCGGUAUAUGAAUGGGUAAACUAAAAUGUAUUACUUUGCAUUUAUACUUCUUUUAAGUUAAGCUAUAUUCAAGACUGCACAAUAAACCCGAUGGCAACUUUGAAGUUAAAUAUAAGGCUGGAAACUACUAAGAUCUAGUUAAAUAUUCUACGUGUUUGCAAUCUGCUAUACUCGUGAGACAUGCGAAUAAUAUUGACAACAGAAUCAAGCAGUGUUCUGUUAAUAUUAGAUCUAAUAGUAAACUAAAGUAUAAAUAAAGUAAAAAUAUGGCAGAAUAAGAAGGUAAAAGAUAAGGUGAAAUCUACUUAGAACCUUAUUUCCCUCACUAUCCCAGCUGCUCGACCCGCUAGCAAAUGGUCACAAUAAAGGCAAGAGAGAUUUUGAUUUAAAUGAAAACUUUAUUACAAAGAAGGAAAACAUAGUCAUGAGAAUGAUGAGUAAAAUCUUUGUGGUCCUUAGUAAUCCAAAACAAUAUUUAAAAAAAAACUGAAGGUCUGUGCCAAAGUAUUUGGAAACGCCUCUGCCUUGGCAAAACACAAACUGACUCACAGUGAUGAAAGAAAAUAUAUUUGCAACAUGUGCGGAAAGGCUUUUAAGCGGCAAGACCACCUCAAUGGACAUAUGCUUACGCAUCGAAACAAAAAGCCAUACGAGUGUAAGGCGGAAGGUUGUGGUAAGAGCUAUUGCGACGCUAGAUCCUUACGAAGGCAUACAGAAAACCAUCAUAGCUCAUCAUCAACGACAACUGUCAAUACUACAAGUACAACUUUAUCACCCGCACAAGGAGCUGCUUCUGGUGACGCUGCUUCACCUCAUGGAUCCAGUUGCAUUCAAUACGCUCCACCUCCAACUACAAGCACAACUUCAACUACGACAUCUGUGACACCAAGUAGUGGCAAGAGUCAGUUACAGCAAUUGUUAGCAACGGAUCCAGCUAAGGGCGGCAACAGUGGCAACAAUGACGGGUUAACUAAACAACAGCUGGAUCUGAUACAUCAAAUAAUGGAACAAACGCAGAGACAAUCGCAGGCCGUGGCGGCUGCAGCGGCGGCCGUCUCGAAUAAAUCCACGACCGCCCCCAAAUCCACAUCCAGUAGCGCAGGGGGUAGUAAAUCGACCGGUCCAACUAAAAUGUCCGCCAAGGCGCAUCUGGCAAAGUGGAUGCCUACGGCUUUACAGGGAAUUUAUCCAUACGCGACGAGUGGUAGCGGAAGUCCGAACUCUCCCGGAUCUCCAAAUUCAACAACUGAUAAAAUGAUCCCAAAACCGGUCGAGUGCAACCUGUGUCACAGAAAGUUCAAAAACAUCCCUGCCCUCAACGGUCACAUGAGACUUCAUGGGGGUUACUUCAAAAAGGACGCUGAAAGUAAAAAAUGCGAGAAAAAAGAGCCCGGCGGUCCACCUUUGCAGACAGCAAGUUUCAGCGUGCGAGCACUAAUAGAAGAAAAAAUUAUAAAUAAAAGGAUAACGACUCCUCAACCCACAGAAGAACAAAAAUCCAACGCUCCACCUCUUUUUCCUUUAAACGUGCAUUCCUCUCCAUCUAGCAACACCGAUCUAGAGUCGAAAAUUUCAUCAUUUGUUGUACCAGCUCCUCCUCAACAGAACGCUGAAAAAGCUCGAAGACAUUCCGACGCGGAAACUUUCCGGUCAACUCAACAGGAGGCGCAAGCUUUGGCCGACCUUAUUCUUAAAAGAGAAAAGGCUACAGUAAAAAGAACUACCUCUGACCCAGGCCAGUCUUCACCAAUAAUUCAAUUUCAAUCUAGUGAGUCUUUUACGUUGGCGAACGUCACCUACCAAUCAGAAGAAGCGGAGUUCAUAUCUUCAAGUUUGCAAGAAGGUGUUUUCACGCAAGAAAGCAUGCUUCUCCAAGGAGUGGAUCCUAGUCAACUUGCAUCAAUACAAUUUCAAACGGAUACUCUCCUCCAAGAUCAGAACGACCAACAAAUAGAAAAUUUUAAAAUUGAAGAUAUCUCACUUCAAGAACCAGUUCAGCAGUCCCCCUCGUACCAAUCCAAUCAUCCUGUUAAUCAAGAACUACAGGCCGUUUUAGAUUCGCCGUUACCGGAGAGUUUAGCAGAGUUCAGUACAUUUCAUUCGACAAACAGCAUUGAUAUGCCUUCUCCGAGUUACCAAACUCAAUCACCUGCUCAAUAUGCCCGAUCUCCACAUACAAUAACUGCACAAUCACCAUUACAAAGUCCAUUGAUAAGGCACGAUUCUCCAGGAUUUGCAUAUCCCACACCACCAGCUAGUCAUGAAGGUCAGAGCCCAGGAUUUGGACAAAAUACAAUAUUGCCGAUGGUAUCACCGAAUGCUCAAGAGUUUGGUCAGAUAGUUGAAAGAGGUGUUUAUGAGGAGCCACCACAAGCUUCUUCGCCGCUUUCAGCUGCCUUCUUCACAUCUACAAUGUCUAGUUCCGCAGCAGUAGAAGAAGCCUUAGAAGAGGUGUUACCUGGAGAGCCAAUUUAUCCACUGACAAAUUCUCCCUCACCUCAAUCACCACUCGGCCUAACACCCGUACCAUCACCUAUUUCUAAUAUUGUUACGACAACAGAUUCCCAACCAGCAACAGCGACUAGCUUCUCACCGUCUCCGAACACUUCUACAUUUACCUUGUCCGGAAAUUGGUGUAAUGGUUUAAUGCUACCGAACUCAGACGAUCCACUUUUAUCCAGCAGCCCCAAAGAUUUUGUACCCAGAAAAAAAAUUGAAAUUAACGGAGUACCUUUAAGGCUGAUAAGCAACAACGGCCUAAUCGAAUUGAACAGCACGAAUUUUGCUGGGAUUCUUGUUGACGCUAACGGAGAAAUAAAGUUAAUACAGACCGGUGGAAAUACUUUUCAGACGAAAAAUAUUUUGGUAACGAAUACUCCUAUAAUCACUCCUCAAGAUAAUGGUAGUGAAGACAAAAAGAAGGUGAUACAAACUGUACAAUGCACUAUUCCAACGAAACAAAUUAUUAACAGGCCUAAACCAGUAACCGAAAUUAAAAAAGAAGAUAACAACGACGUUUUUUUAAGUCCUACUUCGGUACCUGCUAGUCCGAUAAGAGUAUCUAGAAAAAGGCCCAGAGCGGAACCUCUUCCGUUACCUAUAAUACAUCACUCCAAACUUAGAGCUACUAUAAGCAAGCCCCCUGGUUGCGCGAGAUAUACUCCCCAACCAAUACUAAAUCCUCAGAGGCCAGGAGCUGGUCUUUAUAUCAAUAUUAAAAACAAAUGUGAGGAUAGCUGGAACAACGAUUCAAUACCAGAGAGUGAUGCAACGCCUCACGUUAAUGUGGGCUCUAAAUUCCAAUGUAAUAUUCCUCAGUUUUACUCAAUUCCCAAUCGGGGGAAAUCGGAACCGCCGUAUGAAGAUUUGCUGUGGGAUCCUGGUAUUAAUAAUUGCACGGAUAAUGAAGUGGAUAUGUACCUGGAUUUUGCUUGUUGUGCUGCAGUGCCAGGUGGGGGAAGGAACAAGGAAUAUGCUAUGCAUCUGCUUCAUAUGUGUGGAGGAAACAUUCAUGACGCAAUGUUGCGACUGAUGCAACCUUCACCGAACCUUCCCACAGACCAUCCUCUUUUGGCGUAUCAAUAUUGUGAAAGUGACAAAUGGUCUACGACAGAAACUGACAUCUUCCAUAAGUCGCUGCUCAAGUACGAUAAGGAUUUCCGCAAUAUUGCUCAAGAGAUUCGUACAAAAACCGUAAAGCAAUGUGUGCAAUUUUAUUACGUUUGGAAGAAAGUUUGUGCUGACGAAUAUCGAAAAUUAAAACAUACAAGAGAAAGAAGAAAUCACUACCUUAAACAUGUAGACGUUGAUAUCGAUGAGAAGCUUUAUACAGGGAUAGCAGAUAGUGGCUCGCCGUUACCAAUGCCAGAUACAAGAAGUUUUGUAUGUGAAUUUCCAGAUUGCUCAGCAAGCUUUAAUUCCCGCGCCGCACUAAAUGGUCACAUCCGGAUACAUGGCGGUACUGCAAGAAAUUCGCCGACGCCGUCUUCUACAACGACGGAAAGGCGGUCAGUAUCAGUCACUUCCUCCAGCGUCUGCCCGCCAGACUCAACCGAAGAGUACCCCUGCAAGAUAUGCGGGAAGUAAGUGUACAACAUUCGUCAUAAAACAACCGAAGGUAAAUGAUCGGUGUGUUGCGUCCCCUGCUUACGUGCUAAUACUAUUCGUUAUAAUUAUUUACUCCUAAAAUACACAACAUCCAGUGUGCGGAACAAGGUAUUUUUAGUUUACGUGAAAGAUUUGUUUAUAAUAUAAGACAACAAGUAUGUAUCUGAGU